AUGUUCACCGCUUUAGCCCUCCUGCGUACAUGCCUAUUUCAUCGAUCAAGUAGCAACUAUGGCCACACGGGCCACGUCCUAUGCUUUUUUAAAGCGUACAAAUCGCGCCAGACCGUGCUACCAACUCUCCUGCAUUCCACGAUGUACUCUUUUUCGUCUAGCUCAGUGCGCUUUCUUGUGCAUGUUUCGGCUGUACUGGCCAGUGCUGCUCUUGGUGUUGAGGCCAAGAAACGCAAUGGAACAACUAAAAAGACGCAUAUCCACGUAUCUGUAGGAAUUAUUGCGGCGAUAGUUAUAAUUGCUGUCGUAACCUUGAUCUUCUGCAUCAUUCUCGCAAUCUAUUUACGUAGGCGCAGAAAUAUUCGUUCCUCUGACGUUAGGAUCAUACCUCGUCGCUCCAAAGGCAACAAUAAUGGAACGGCGGCAGUGGAUACGGAGACGGAACUGGCCCCGCAAGGACUCGUAAUGCCGGAACCAGAACAUGUAGGCACGGACGGUCACAGUAAUGCUUGGCAACCACAUAACGCGCCUCCGCCUGAACAACCUCAAUAUCCCAAACCUGUUUGA